AUGCCCCUUCCCCAACCCUCAUCAAACUGGACUGGAGGUCGAGCUCAGAACAGCUUUUCCCCCACUAAUCCCCCAGGAGGUCUGCAGCAGGGUGCCAUCAGUCCCUCCACAUUGCCAGAUUCUGAAAGCGACAGUGCUGCCAGCAGUCCCUCAGCACCACUGCAGUCGCCACCAGAUUCCGAAAGUGAACCCCCCUUUUCCAAAAAUCCCCAAGCUCUAGCUGAUUUGUUUGAAUCUGUCCUAUUGUCACACCAGUCCACUUGGGAUGAUUGCCAGCAACUCUUGCAGGCCCUCCUCACUACUGAGGAAUGGGGACGGGUCCUCCUUGAGGUGAGAAAGAAUGUGCCAGGAAUGGAUGGGAGGCCUUCCGUCCUCCCUAAUGAGAUUGAUAAUGGCUUUCCCCUCACCUGUCCCAAUUGGGAUUACAACACACCCGGAGGUAGAGAACGCCUGAAGGUCUACUGCCAGACUCUAAUGGCGGGUCUCCAUGGGGCUGCUCAAAAGCCCACCAAUUUGACGAAGGUAAGAGAGAUGGUUCAGGGGCUGGAUGAAUCCCCCACAGCCUUUAUUGAACGGCUGAUGGAGGCUUACAGCUGCUUUACAACCUAUGACCCUACCUCAGAUGAACAUAAGGCAAUGGUGACUAUAACCUUUAUAGACCAGUCAGCCAGAGAUAUUCGUAGAAAACUCCAUAAAAUAGAGGGUUUACAGGACAAGUUGUUGAAGGAUUUAGUGCAGGUAGCAGAAAAGGUUUUCUACAGCAGGGAGAUGGAAGAAGAGAAAGAGGAAAGAAAGCAGAAAGAACAGGAAGCAAGAGAAAGAGAAAGGGAUAAGAGGCAAGACAGAAAGUUGACUAAGAUCCUGGCCACCAUAGUGCAGGAGAGUCGUAAUGAUAGGGAGAAAGUUCCUAGCAAUUGGAGGGGCCCUCUGUUUAAGGAUCAGUGUGCCUAUUGCAAGGAGAAAGGACACUGGAUCAAGGAUUGUCCAAAAGGAAGAAAAAUGGUCCACUUCUUGGUGGACACUGGCAUCCAGCAUUCUGUUCUGUUACAAGACUUAGGAGCUAAAAAAGAGAAAAAAUUGUGGGUCCAAGGAGCCACUGGAUGUAAACAAUAUUCAUGGACUACCCGAAGAAAGGUGGACUUUGGAGUGGGCCAGGUAUCCCACUCAUUCUUAGUUGUCCUCGAGUGCCCGUACCCGCUGUUAGGGCGAGAUAUCCUAACAAAGAGAGGGGCCCAUAUUCAUUUUAGACCAGAUGGCCCACAGGUGACAGACAAUAAAGGGGAUCCCAUUCACAUGCUGACGAUUCAACUGGAAGAUGAAUACCGCCUGUUUGAAAAGGUGGUAAGUCCAGAAAAAGACGUUGACUGAUGGCUAUAGAGACAUCCCAGGGCACGGGCUGAAACAGCUGGCCUAGGAAAAGCAGAGAAACAGCCCCGAGUUCAGAUAGAGCUGAAGCCUCAGGCUACCCCUAUCUCGGUGCGACAAUAUCCGAUGUCUAAGGAAGCCCGUAACGGGAUCCACCCUCACAUACAGCGGCUCCUUGACCUAGGGAUUCUUAGAAGGUGCCAAUCCGCCUGGAAUACUCCAUUGCUGCCAGUUCGGAAGCCUGGGAGCAACGACUUACAGGACUUGCGCGAAGUUAACAAACAGGUCACGGACUUACAUCCUACUAUGCCCAACCCGUAUAACCUGUUGAAUUGCCUUCCCUCUGACAGGGUUUGGUAUACAGUCCUGGACCUUAGAUUCUUUUGUCUUCAACUUAGCCCUAACAGCCAAGACAUUUUCGCUUUCGAAUGGAAAGACCUGGACUCAGGGGUCUCGGGCCAGCUUACAUGGACCAUAUUUGAUGAAGCCACCGGCUGUUGCAAGAGCUGGGUGACCUCCACUACAGAGCGUCGGCGAAAAAGGCCCAGCUCUGCAGGAAACAGGUACACCAGGGUUUUGCUGGCUGUAGAUUCUGGGAUUUGCUGA